AUGGCUGCUCCACUUAACCUCGAAGAAGGUCAGUCGUCAACAAGACCUCCCCGUUUCAAUGGACAUUUUUACAGUUGGUGGAAAGUUAGAAUGCACGAUUACCUCAUGGCUAAAGACAGCGAGCUAUGGGAUAUUGCACUUGAUGCACCGUUUAUUCCGAUGAUGGAAGAAAAGGAUGGAGAGAAAACUAUUCUUGUUCCAAAGCCUAGACAGAAAUACGACGAAGCUGAUAGGAAAAAGAUUGAAAAAGGCUACAAAGCUAAAACUCUUCUUGUUUGUGGGAUAGGACCUGAUGAGUUCAACAGAGUGUCAGCUUGUGAGUCUGCUAAGGAGAUUUGGGACUGUUUGAAGACUGCUCAUGAAGGAACUGAACAAGUCAAGGAAUCAAAGAUUGACAUGCUUACCUCAAGGUAUGAGAACUUCAAAAUGAAGGAAGGAGAAAUAAUUCAUGACAUGUUCACAAAAUUGUCUUCCAUUACAAAUGAGCUGCGAAGUCUUGGUGAACCUAUAAGCAUGACCAAACAAGUCAGAAAAGUGCUUCGAAUUCUUCCAAAAUCUUGGGAAAGCAAGGUUGAUGCCAUUACAGAAGCCAAGGAUUUGAAGGUGCUGACUAUGGAUGCUUUGAUUGGAAAUCUGAAGACACAUGAGAUGAAUCGAAAUUAUGAUUCAUCAAAGAAAGAAGCCAAGAAGGACAAGUCAUUGAUGCUGAAGUACAAAUCAGAUGAAGAUUCCAGUGAUGAUGAUAUGUGUGGAAAAGCUGGGCACUUCAUCAGAGAGUGUCCUUUGCUCAAGAAUGAAAACAAGGAACAUCAAAAACCAAGAAGUGACAAAGAGAAUAGAAGGGACCUGGUACUCGGCAAGAGAGAUCGAAAAGCUGCUGCAGAUUUGGUUGUCAAAAAGGCUCUUGCUGCAUGGGGUGAUUCUUCAAAAAAUGAAGAAGAGGACAAUCAGGUAACUCUUCUAGAUAUGAAAAAUGACUUGGAUAAAUAUUCUCUUAAAAAAUUGAGAACUUUGGCAAAAGUCAUGAUUGAUUCUGUGAUAGAGUUAACAUCUGAAAGAGACACCAUGAAUGCUGAACUUGACAGUUUAACUGAAAACAAAGUUAAACUUGAAGAGAAAAUGUCAAGAAUGGUGUCUCUAGAGUCAAAUAACUCUGAACUUAAGAACCAGUUGAAUCAGAUUACUGAAGAAGCUGAAAAGCUGAAUGGAAUGUCAAAUGGUUUACAAGCUGAAUUUCAAGAAAAAUUGAAAAACUCUGAGAAAAAUCUUGGUCUGUCGCUGGAAAAGAGUAACAAAUUAGAACAGGAUAUUGUCAAACUUAAGGAAGAACUUGAAAAAUCCCUUAAGUGGACAAAAUCCUCAAAGUUACUGUCAAAUGCAACAAAUCAGAGUAAUUUCAAUAAGAAAGGACUAGGAAGUUUGAACAUCACUCCUCCUUAUAAUCCUCACAGUAAGUAUGUGUUUGUGUCUGACAAUCUGCUAUGUCUUCACUGUGGUAAGAAUGGACAUUUGAAGGGUGAGUGUGCUAGCUGGAGAAACUCCUAUGAAAGGCUCUCUAAUUAUGCUGAAAGGCAAAAUUUACCAAAAGAGAGACCUGGUCCUCCAAAGCAUGUUUCAACUCACAGAUUUUCAAAGAAAAAAUCUGUCCCUGCUCCCAUGUCCUUUGUGAGUGAGAGGAGCAGCAGUCAGUGCUGGUAUAUGGACAGUGGAUGCUCUAAGCAUAUGACUGGUGAUGUAAAAAACUUCCUCUCACUCAAGACACUUCAAGGAGGAGGUGUCUCAUUUGGUGACGGAAAGAAGGGGUACAUUUUGGGAGUUGGCAAAGUUGGAAGAUCUCUUGAAGAUUCAAUUGACAAUGUGUAUCAUGUGGAUGGAUUGAAGUACAGCUUGUUGAGUGUGUCUCAAAUCUGUGACAAAGGAAAUGAAGUCAAAUUUACUUCUGAGAAAUGUACUGUGGUGAGUCUAACUACAAAGAAGGUAAUUCUCACUGCACACAGAAGUAAAAAUAUGUAUGUGGCCAACUUAGAAACGUCUCAUGGAGAUGACCUUACAUGUCUUAGUGCUCAGAAUGAGAAUGCUGAUCUUUGGCAUUGUAGGCUGGGGCAUGUAAGCUCAUCUUUAUUGAACAAACUGAUUUCUAAGGACCUGGUUCGAGGUCUGCCCAAGCUGAAGUUUGCUGAAAAUAAAAUCUGUGAAGCUUGUGUUAAAGGAAAACAAAUCAGAUCAUCCUUUAAGCCCAAAAAUCAAGUAACAUCAUCAAGAACACUAGAGCUGCUUCAUAUGGACUUGUGUGGACCCUUGAAGGUUCAAAGCAGAAAUGGCAAGAAGUACAUUUUGGUGAUUGUUGAUGAUUACUCGAGAUACACUUGGACAAGAUUCUUGAGAUCAAAGGCAGACACAACUGAAGAGUUGGUGGUAUUUUUCAAAAUGAUUCAAACCAAAUUGAAUCAAGUCAUUUGCAGCAUUCGAUCUGAUCAUGGUACUGAGUUUGAGAACUCAAAACUGGAUAAAUUCUGCAUGGAGAAUGGUGUCUAA